AUGGAUGCAUCCAGACUUCUCGUCCUCAUCUUUGUGGUGAUGUCAACGUUUGAAUGUUCAGAUACAGCAAAGCUCCAGUGUGAGGACAAUGAUGAUACAUUAAACCUGCUUGAAGGAGAAGCGUCAUAUUUUGUCCAUGAAGCUCCAGCUGAGAGAACCUUAUCAAACCAAGAGUUAAAAUGGUACAAAAACAACUCCAGGAUUGAAUAUAUCUCGUAUGACGAGAAAGAGAGGAUACAUCUCCAUGGUGGAGCGAUAUUCUUCUUAAAUGUUGUCCCCGGGGACUCUGGCCUCUACACUGCCCGGCAUAUAGGCCCAAACGGACAGUGCAACAACUACAAUGUAGAAGUUAAGGUCUUUGAAGCGAGUGAACGAGAGAACACUGAACUCCUGUACGGAGAACUCAAGAACUCCUACCAGUACCAGAAUGUCCGCUGUCCUCGUCCUGUCAAAGAAACAUGUAUCAAGUUUGAAGGAAACUACACCUGGUACAAGGACUACAGUCUGCUUCAAGGUCACCAUAAAGACAAUAUGCGGGUGAAAAAAAAUGCCAGCAAACAAGAUGAGGGCAUCUAUACUUGCAUUUGUACCUGGAGUCACAAUGACAUGGCGUACAACACGUCAGGCUCACGGAGGCUAUUAGUUGAAGAUCCAGGGACUUACGAUGUAAAAAUCCUCUCUCCUCUAGACAAGGAGCAGUUUGCAGAUGAAGGCUUGGAGCUCAAGUUGAACUGCACAAUUUUGUGUGGAAGGAAUGUCAAUGAUGAUUGUACAGCUAUCUGGAAUGUUAAUGGAAAAGAGGUCAACCAGAUGGCCGGAUACAAUCAAACCAUCAAACAAAUCAUGGAGAUGCCUUCAAAGACCACCAUCACCACUGCGAUCCUGACCAUUAAAAAAGUGUCGGCAAAGGAUUUUCGGGCUGAAUUCACAUGCACCGGCCUAGGUUAUUACGAAGGAAAUUCAACCACUUUAACACUGAAGCGGAAAGCGUCAAUAACUUCGUUGGUCAUUAGAGCCGUGUGUGUGUUGCUGGUGUGUGUGUUUGCCGCUGUGCUGGUGAAGUGCUUUGCUGUCGACCUUGCACUCUUGUUCAGACCCUGCUUCCAUCUGAGGAGUCACAAGAAAGAUGCGAGGAUGUACGACGCUUACGUGGUCUACCAGAUGCAGAAGAUGGACAAGGUCACUGAGAACACACUCUGUCAGUUCAUCACACAGGUUCUACCCUCCGUCCUGGAGGAGAAGUGUGGAUAUCGACUCUUCAUCCAAGGGAGGGAUGACAUACCUGGAGAAGACCACAUGGAGCUGGUGGAGAACAACAUGAAGCAGAGCAGGAGACUGAUGGUGAUCCUCACCCCAGGUUCAGAAUCAGGCUCUGAAAUGACUGAACAACAUCCCGACUCGCUCCGUGAUUCAGUGAUAGGAGGGUUUGACUGGCAGGUUGGGCUCCACCAUGCUCUGGUGCAGAGGGAGAUGACUGUGAUUCUGAUCCAGCUGGGAGACACUGGGCCACAGGGAUACACACACCUCCCCAUUGGCCUGCAGCAUUUGAUUCGAAAAAGCGCCCCCAUCAGGUGGCCAGAGGUUUCGCGGGUUGCUGCUGCGCGUAAAUCCCGCUUCUGGAAGAGAGUUCGAUACCUGAUGCCGGCCAUACCUGCCAAGAGGUGUCCACAGUCUGCUCUUAUUUGA